AUGGUGCGCGCACACAUGAAGCAGACGGUGAGCAACAGUCGGUUGCCGGAUACGGAUCCGUCCUUCAGCCACUUCUGCCACUGCCCUGUGGCUGAUCAUGCCUAUAUCCAGCCUGACGAGAAGAAGGAGACACACAAGAAGAAGACCCCCGUCAAGAAGAAAGUAGAGACUGGAUCAUGGCCCUGCAGGAUGAACGGCUGCAACAAGGUCUUCGCCCGCGAGGCCGACCUCAAACGGCAUCAGCGCACCACGAAGACCCAUUCCAUGCCCGGCUUUGCAUGUCCUCAAUGUGACGCGACGUUCACGAGAACCGAUGCACUCCGUCGACACCAGAAGUCACGGCACAAUGGUAUCGUGAUAGCGCCAGUCGAGCAGGACAGGGUCAAUACCACCAUCGACAAUGAUGCCGAGUCUUCAGGCUCUAGGUCUCGCAGCGUCACGCCUUCGAAGGAAGGCGAAGGCAGCAGCGCAAACGGCUCACCGCCGCACGCGGUUGCGCAACCUGGCACCUCUGGGCCUGGCAGCUACUACCGCUCACACACUAUGAACCAAAGCUAUAUACCGCCGCGCCCGCAUUCCGGCAUGGUGAUGGAUCCCCACUACUCUCAGUCUAUAGGGCCGCCCACUUCUGCCGCAAGGCUUCACCAAGCUACCUGGUCAGGACCCCCACCGCCUCCCUGGGCGGAGGCACCUCCGCCUCCAGGACACCCUAUGUACCACAUGCCCCCGCCUGGAUAUUAUCCUCCGCAGUACCGGUACGGCGUUCCCCCGCCUGGAAUGCCCUUGCCGCCUCACAUGCACAUGCCUCCGGAGUACAUGGGCCAUCCACCGUACGGCGCUCCCUACCCGCCACCUCCCCACGGCGCCGCACCGCCGCCGCACAAUGGCAGUGCCUCCCCGCCGCAGCGAGAGAAGGAUGACGGCGAGUCCGAUGAUGCUGAAAUGGAAGAGGGAUCAUCCCGAGGUUCGCCGGCCAUUGAUCCGUCGCUUGAGCAGCCCGCGCAGGCCCUGCACCCGAGUUCGACACAAGCUGGCCAACAAGAGCCUCCGUCCGCAGAGGCGGGUGGGGAGUCCAUCUCCCAAUCCGAGGCGGAGGCGGCCGUCAAGGCCGUCCUGGCCCUCCAAAAGGCUGGGGCGGCGCCGACACCCGCGCCUGACGCCGAGGCAGAGCAAGCAGCGCCCGCCGCUGCGUCGCAGCCGGCCGCAAAGCCUGAAGUGCCUGAGCAAUCAAGCGAACAACCACCUUCAUCUGUCAGUGCGCCGGACGCCUCUGCUGAUCUCGACAUGGAUGCUGAUGCCGAUGGUGAAGCCGACGGUGACGGAGAGGAAGUGAAGGGCGACGCGGUCGACAAUUCGUCGGCCUCGAAAGCACCACAAGGCGAGAUCGUGACGGAGGACGGCGUGGCCAUGCUGAACCCUGCGGAGCUGUUGACGCAGGAGUCCUUGGCCUCGCCGCCGCCAUGA